AUGCAUCAUUCUCCUGCAACGCCCGUCGUCUACUCGCUGCCGACAGUCGACGACGUCAAGGAUGCGCUCGCUCAGUUUGUCGUCAAAGCGCAACACGAGGCGAUUGAGAAAAAGGGGAGAUUUACGAUUGCACUCUCUGGAGGUUCCUUGCCGAAAAUGCUCGGCAAGCUCGUUGACGCACCUGAUGUGCAAUGGGACCGAUGGCAGGUAUACUAUGCAGAUGAGCGCGUUGUGCCAUUGGAUCACGAGGAUUCAAACCAUGCGCUCUGCAAGAAGGAGUUUUACGACAAGGUGCCCAUUCCCGAGGGAAAUAUCCAUACCAUCAACACUGACUAUCUGGAUGACAUUGAAGAGCUCAGAGAAGCAUAUGAAAACGACCUGAUCCUGCAGUUUGCUUCAAAGGAGACGGCGCGGUUCCCGAUAUUCGACUUGAUCCUGCUUGGCAUGGGACCCGACGGCCAUACGUGCUCGCUGUUUCCUGGACACGAGCUGCUUAUGGAAGAAGUCGAAUGGGUGGCCUGUCUCGAAGACUCGCCCAAGCCGCCUCCGAAGCGAAUCACGCUUACGUUUCCCGUCUUGAACCAUGCGGCCCGGGUUGCAUUUGUGGCAACGGGAGAAGGGAAAAAGGAGAUGUUGGCAAGGAUCCUUGACCGGCCAGAGGAAGGUUUACCUUGUUCGCGAGUCCGGCCACUCGUCGGGACGUUGAGCUGGUUUGUCGACGACGCUGCGGCAGAGCUUGUGGCACAUCCAAAGAGUGUGUGGUCGUAG